GAGGGCAAAGGCGGAAGUAAGCCAAUGGGCGGAGGCGAAGAGGAGUAGAGUCUGAGAAAGAGACGCAGGAAACCCGUUGACUCGGAGCCGCUGCGCUUGUAAAUAGAUCGGCGCCCUCACGCGGGGGUCACGUGAUAGAGGGCUUGAAUUACAAUGAGCAAACGCAAGCUGAAGGAGGAUAGCUUUACAAAUGGGGAAUGCAUAUCAAAGGUACAAAGAAUAUUGCGUGAAAGGUUCUGUCACCAGAGUCAAAAUGGGAAGUUGUUUGGAACUGAGCUGCAAUACAAACAAUUACUCGAGCUUCUGAAACGUACUGCUAUCAAUGGUGAAAGCAACUCUGUACUCAUUAUUGGACCUCGGGGAUCAGGGAAGACUCUGUUAACAUGUCAUGUCUUAAAGAAGCUCAUGGAAGUAAAGGAAGUAAGAGAAAACAUCUUACAAGUUCAUUUAAAUGGGUUACUACAGACCAAUGAUAAAAUUGCUCUUAAGGAGAUUACAAGACAGCUAAAUCUAGAAAAUGUGGUUGGAGAUAAAGUUUUUGGUAGUUUUGCAGAAAACCUCACGUUUCUUCUUGAAGCAUUAAAGAGAGGUGACCGUGCUCACAGUUGCCCGGUGCUGUUCAUCUUAGAUGAGUUUGAUCUGUUUGUCCAUCAUAAGAACCAGACUUUGCUGUAUAACCUCUUUGAUGUGUCCCAGUCAGCACAGACACCUAUAGCUGUUGUUGGUCUGACUUGUAGACUGGACAUUCUUGAACUCAUGGAGAAGAGAGUGAAGUCAAGAUUUUCACACCGGCAAAUAUACUUAAUGAAUUCAUUUGAUUUUAAAAAAUAUCUGAAUAUUUGUAAAGAACAGUUAUCCCUGCCUGCAGUAUUUCCAGAAAAGUCCUUUAUUCAAAAAUGGAAUAAGAAUGUACAGUCUCUCUUAGAAGACCAAAAGGUGCAAGAUGUACUGCAAAAUCAAUUCCAUUAUAGUAAAGACCUGCGGUCUCUCUUCAUGUUGUUGAUGCUUGCUUCAAGUAGUAUAACUGUGUCUCACCCGUAUAUCAAUGCAUCAGACCUUCUUGAAGCAGGCAAACACUGCAGAAUGGACUCUAAAGCAAAUAUUGUACAUGGUUUGUCUGUGUUGGAACUCUGCCUCAUAAUAGCCAUGAAACAUUUAAAUGAUACUUAUGGAGGAGAACCAUUUAAUUUUCAAAUGGUUUAUAAUGAGUACCAGAGGUUUGUACAGAGGAAGGCACACACAGUGUACAGUUUUGAGAAACCUGUUGUUAUGAAGGCUUAUGAACACUUGCUGCAUCUUGAAUUGAUAAAACCUGUAGAAGGACCAUCUAUGUGCACACAGAGAGAAUACUUGCUAAUGAAUCUUCUUUUGGACAACAACCAAAUUAUGGAUGCUCUGCAGGUUUACCCAAAUUGCCCAACUGAUGUAAAGCAAUGGGCUACAUCUUCAGUAAAUUGAUUGUGGAUUUGAAAUAUUUGAUGAGAUUCUGGAAAGUGGUACUUGGGUACAAAUAAACCAGACGAAAAAUCGGUGUUAUCUAUUGAAAGAUGACCUUUAAAAAUGUUCUUCAACUGCCCAAUGUACUUGAUUAAAAAGUGUAUCCUUCUUUUCUUUGGUUUAUUUGUUAAUAUUUCCAAAGAAGUGGAUUUUGAUCUGCAACAGAAAUCCAGUUUUCUGGGUGAUACCCAGAUUGGAGUGAAUUCAUUCGCUUGAGCAUGACUGAGUCUGUUGCAGUGGAUCUACGCUGUGUAUGACUAGCAUUGCAUACAGUCUGGUGUUCACCUUUUUCUUUUGGUUGUAGUCUAAUAAGUGAAUAAAGGAAAAUGUUUCUAUUUUAUUACA